AUGGCCAGAACACCGAAGGAUCUUAUAGAUUGGGAGCUACUGCUAUCUGAUAGGUCCGGAACCUUGCUACCGGUUGACCAGGUGCGAUCCAGCCGCAGAGGCGGUGAUGGGACUGUUGCCCUAAAGCGCAUCAGCGACGGUGUUACAAUCACUAAAGGCGAUAUUGUAAAGGUCUUCAAUAAGAAACAAGCAGGAGAGAGUGCUCCCAAUGAUUUUUCCUUCCAUAUGAUAAGCGAUAUUAGGUUGUUCAAUCCGAGUUCGUACAUCGAAAUGUGGACAUAUAAAUUUUUACAGUGGUUUGAAGUGAACCCCAGAGAAUAUUACAAGUCUACCAAACCAGAUGUUAUAGAACCUGACAAGGAUGUUCAGUUCUACGAAAAUAUGUUUGCAAAUGAGUGUAAUAAGGAGGAACUCUAUCUCACGGUAAAAAUUGUUGAGAUAAAGAUCUCCGAUAUAUUAGAAAAAAUUACCUUCAAUGAAGCAUCGCAAGGUGUAGAUGGAUACCACGUUCGUUACCUCUGUGAGCACAGCGGUCAGAAUUUUGUCCCGAUUGAAAUAAACUUGGAACUACAAAGUGUAAAGGAGCAGACGCAGAAAGAGGCUAACGCACAUUUAACGCAAAUAUUGUGGCCACCAAAACAUGAAAAAUACGGACUAACUGGUAAAACUAGAACUAGACAAGGGCAGCAGAGCUCAUCAAGUGAGACCGAUAAGCCAUUUUCAUCUUUAAACUCAGCAUUAGCUUCGGAUAGCUCGUCCUCCGAUGAGUUCAGAGAGGAUGAAAGCGACGAAGACGGCAAUAUGCUAGAUAACCAGAGUGAUGAAGAUAUUGAUGACGAAGAUGACGUUAGGGAUGACGACGAUGAUGCUUAUUUUAGUGCGGAGGAGAUUUUCCAAACAAGUAAUAAAAGGGGUCGUCCUAAAAAGACGAUAACUGAUGGCCAGCCGCCGAAAAAAAGAGGUAGAAAAGCAGGUCCUAAUUCUACAUAUGGGCAAAUUUUUAUCAAGAAGUUCACCAAGAAGAAUGUUUCUAGAUCCAAAAAAAAGUAUACAGCUUUUUCGAAGCGUUUUAAAUCUGUCAGCUCAAUUCCAAAUUUAAAGAAGAUGCCGGGGUUCUACAAUCAAUCCAACGAAGAAGUCUUCAAAGAACUGGAAUCUAAAUUAGAUAUUAACCAGACACACAAAGUAGUCGAAACCAUUUUUUCCAAAGUGAAGAAACAACUGUACUCCUCUCAUGGUAAGGAAAUGAUUAUCAAAUCCAAAAACUUUGGAGAAAUGCUACCCGCAAGAGAGAAUGAGUUUGCGUCCAUUUACUUGACUGUUUACAGUGCAAUUGAAUCAGAUUCGGCAAGCACUGUAUAUAUUGGAGGUACCCCUGGUGUUGGGAAAACUUUAACGGUACGUGAAGUUAUAAAAGAGUUGCAAAACUCGGUAAACCAUGAAGAACUGUCUCCCUUCAUCUACGUUGAGAUUAAUGGGUUGAAAAUUGUUAAACCGACUGAUAGUUAUGAAGUACUCUGGAACAAAAUUUCAGGAGAGAGACUGACAUGGGGUGCAUCGAUGGACUCUCUAGAGUUUUAUUUCCAGAAAGUACCCAAGGGGAAGAAACGGACAAUAGUGGUCCUAUUAGAUGAAUUGGAUGCGUUGAUUACAAAGGGACAAGAUAUCAUGUACAACUUUUUCAAUUGGACCACGUACGAGAACGCAAAAUUGAUAGUGAUAGCUGUGGCGAACACAAUGGAUUUACCGGAACGCCAACUAGGUAACAAAGUUUCUUCAAGAAUUGGAUUUACGAGAAUUAUGUUUACUGGGUACACUCACGAAGAAUUGAGGAACAUUAUAGAUUUCCGCUUAAAGGGUUUGAAUGAUUCUUAUUUCUAUGUAGACCCGCAAACGGGGAGUGCAUCCAUGCUCCAAGAAAACGAGGCGGCCCCUGCUGGUAUGAAAAAAGUUCAAUUGAAGAUGAGUGGGGACGCGAUCGAAAUUGCUUCCAGAAAAGUGGCCAGUGUUAGUGGUGAUGCAAGGAGAGCAUUGAAGGUGUGUAAGCGAGCUGCCGAGAUUGCAGAGGAAUAUUAUAUGGCCAAGCAUGGCUAUGGGUACGACGGUAAAGCUUUUAAGAACAGUAUUGACACAGAGGAUGAGGCUGAAGAAGAGUGCGAAAAGUACAAGGAUUCAGAUGAAAUUCAAACUGUUCAUAUUAAACACAUCAUGAAGGCGCUGAAUGAAACCAUCAACUCCAAUUUGAUGAUGUUUAUACAAAGAUCGUCCUUUACGAUGAAGCUGUUCCUUUAUUCAUUAUUAAACUUGAUCAAGAAGACGGGACUACAAGAGCAGCCUCUAGGAGACGUAGUGGACGAAAUUAAACUGUUGAUCGAGGUGAACGGCACCAAUAAAUUCAUUACCAAUAUAUCAGAUGCCCUAUUUGGGAGGGACAUAACUAGCAAAAGUGAGCAACUUCGUAUGGUUUCUUGGAAUUGUGUCAUAAACCAGUUGAUAGAUGCUGGGAUUUUAAUCAAACAGAACACGAAAAACGAAAGAAUUAGCUGUGUGAAGAUCAACAUGUCCAUUGAGGACAUAAAGCACGCGGUGUAUCAAGAUGAAGUGUUCAAGGUGUUAUAG